GCAGUGCCGAGCCACUGAAAUCGACUGACGAAGGACGAUGAUCCGUGCCGUGGCCCGAACCCGCCCUAAUACUGGCAAGUUGUGCAGAAGCUUCUCGGCUCCCGCUCAGCCUGAAGAUGACACUGCCCUUAUGCAGCAAAUCAAGGAGGAAAUGCUGGCGCGUCGCCACAAUGUAUUGCCUCCUCAUGCGACGGACGACCAAAACCCGAGCUUCGUGGAACCCAUGUUGCACCCCGAGGAAUGUGCACUUGUGAGCGGUGUGGGCGAAUGGACGAAAGGCCGCAAGGUUAUCUUGUACAAGCCUACCCGUAACCAAAUGCAAAGCACCCGUGCGUUCACCCACCAUUGGGAGAUUCGCUUUGGCACGCGUGCGAACUGGCAAAACCCUCUGAUGGGGUGGAACGCUGGGAACGACCCCGUGGCGGACUUGGUGGCCAAGUUCAACAAGAAGGAAGAUGCGAUCUCGUUUGCCCAUCGCCAAGGAUGGACCGUGGAAGUGUUUGAUCCGAAGGAGGAAGAGGACUUUGAUGGCAAGAUUGCGUACUCUCACAACUUUUUGCCACUGGACGUGGAGAACCACCUGAAGAAGUACGGGAAGAAGUCGAGCGUUCUUUUCAAGCAUCCCACGGGUGGCCACAGCCACUGGGUCAAGACUUUGAAGUACCACGGCGAUGGAGAAGUGGCGCAGCACGGCGGCGAAGCCAAGCAAUAGGCGCCAACAUAGCCAUUCGAGGCCCAUGUAUUCCUCAAUCGCACCACAGUUUUUCCAUCGACUCUACCACAGUUUUUCCA